AAGAAGUGAGAGUUGGGAGGACGGUGACCAAGAGGUUGUUUUGGGGAGGGUCACACCCAGCUAUGCUCAGAGCUCUAGUCUUAGGGGUCACGUCUGGCAGGACUUCGUGGACCAUAUAGGGGUGCUGGGGAUCAAACUGGUGCUAGCAUGCAAGGAAGGCGCCCUACCCACUGUACUAUCUCACCAGCCCUUAACCAAGAGUUUUGACAAGCAGCCAUGCCUGGUACACGGGGGUCAGUAAGGAUGUGCAGCCAGUGGGGGGUUUAAGUCUCUCCAGAAUGGAAUCUGAGCGGCCGGAGGGAGAGCCGGCCACUUAAGAGAUGCGAAGGUGAAAGCGAAAGAAGACGCAGAGAGGUGCCAGCGGCCAGCAUAAAGGUGAAAUCGAAAGGGGGAAGUGACCCACGCCCGAGCUCGGCGGGGACUAGGCUGCAGCCUUUCUCCUCGGAGCAACGACCGCCAACGUCUGCGGCGCCCGCCCUGCGCCCCCGGGAUGCUGAAGCUGGCGCUGGAGCCCCGAGGGGGCUUCUCCUUCGAGAACUGCCAGAGAAACGCAAACUUGGAACGUGUGCUUCCGGGUCUCCAGGUCCCCCACGCACGCAAGACCGGGACCACCAUCGCGGGUUUCGUGUUCCGAGACGGGGUCAUCCUGGGAGCUGACACGCGGGCCACCGAUGACUCGGUCGUGGCGGACAAGAACUGCGAGAAGAUCCACUUCAUCGCCCCCAAAAUCUACUGCUGUGGGGCGGGAGUAGCGGCGGACGCCGAGAUGAUCACGCGCUUGGUAGCGUCCAACAUGGAGCUCCAUGCCCUGUCCACGGGCCGCGAGCCCCGCGUGGCCACGGUGACCCGCAUCCUACGCCAGAGGCUCUUCCGGUACCAGGGCCACGUGGGCGCUUCGCUGAUCGUGGGCGGUGUCGACGUGACAGGUCCGCAACUCUACGACGUGCACCCACACGGGUCCUAUAGCCGAUUGCCUUUCACGGCCCUGGGCUCAGGCCAGGACGCCGCGCUGGCGGUGCUGGAGGACCGAUUCCAGCCAAACAUGUCGCUGGAGGCCGCACAGGAGCUGCUGGUGGAAGCCGUCACUGCAGGAAUCCUGGGUGACCUGGGCUCUGGGGGCAACGUGGACGCGUGUGUGAUCACCAAGACUGGGGCCAAGAUGCUGAGAGCACUGAGCUCACCUACGAAGCCCAUACAAAGGGCCCACCAGUACCGCUUCGCCCCUGGCACCACAGCCAUCCUAACCCAGACAGUGAAGCCGCUGACCCUGGAGCUUGUGGAGGAAACUGUGCAGGCCAUGGAGGUGGAGUGAGGAAGACGAAGGUUCAGAGCUCAGACCAAGAGGAAUAAAUCCAGAAAUUACA